UUGUAGGUCAAAGUAUUCAAACUUUAUUUAGGGUCUAUUUUAAAUAGGUAAAUUUAUACCGAAUAAGUAAUCUUGCACGCCACUUCAAGUAUGGUAGUUAUGUAUUGGUAUGUCAAAAAAUAUAUGAAUUGUCAGAUAGAUUUCGUAUGAAUAAAUUUUGGAGAUUUCCCAAGUAUUUUGAAUCCACGACACAAAGAUACAGUCCACAAGCAUUAAACAUCACGUAUUAAACAAUUUUUGGCCAGCUACGAGCCGGAUUAAGAUUCACGACCUAUAGAUACCAAGUAGAUGAAGAUUACGUGCAGGUACGAAAAAUACUAGCAUACCAGUCUUCAAUUAAUUCAUUGCGAACAGAGACUAAGUGAGUCGGUUCCUUCAUUUCUUUACUCUAUAAGUCUCCAUUGGCUUUUCUCGUUAUUUCCCUACUUAGGUGGUAGAAUUGUCUCGUUAUCAAUCGUAAUAUCAUCACUCAUAAUUUAAUCACGUUAAUUAAUCUAAUUUCACUUUAUUAUUAAAAUGACUGAAUCUGAAACGGAAAUAACUAAAAUUAAACAUGAAAGGGGGAUUUUUAAGGGAAAACUGACGCGAUUUGAAAAAUUCUUAUCAGACAAAAAUAAUCAAGGUGCUAUUAUCGAAAUAGAAACUAGGUUAAAGGCGAUAGAAAAUGCUUUUGAACAAUUUGAAAUUAUUCAAUCGAAAUUGGAACUCUUAGACAAAGACGAAGAGUUCUUAAAAGAACGCGAUAUUAUAGAAUCUAGGUUUUUCAAAUGUUCGAGUAAUGCGUCUGAAUUAAUUAAAAAGCAAACAAUAGUAACCUCAGUUGUUCCAACACCAAUUCAAUCUGUAGCGUCAACUGUUAAACUACCCGAUAUUGAUUUACCAAAAUUUUACGGCACAAUAGAAACAUGGCAAAGCUUCUUUGACAUAUUUAAAUCAUUGGUACACGACAGGUCCGAUUUGUCAAAUACACAAAAAUUUAUUUAUCUCAAAGGCUGUUGUAAAGAUGCCGCCUUUAGAACCAUACAAGAUAUCGAUACUACUGAAACAAAUUAUGAAUUAUCGUUGAGUUUAUUAAAGAAAAAAUACGAAAAUAAGCGACAUAUUAUCAUGCACCAUUGGUGAGUUCGGGCUACGCACUCUUUUCACUCUAUUCACUCCUAAAGUACCUAAAGCGUUCGGGCACGGAAGGAGUUAAAAUAAAAGUUCCUUUUUGACCGUUCGGAAGAUCGCGGAGUGGAGUCAAUGGAGUGUGGUAUCGGGCAUGCGCAUAAAGUUUGUUUUGCUACAGAUCGAUCGAUCAGGCGAUGCCAGAUGUCCUUUGUUCUUUUUAUCUUUUUCUUUGUUGAGCUGUAAUUAAGCAAAAGCCAUUUUUUUUUACUCUUUGUAUCUUUUGAUUUAAAAAGCGUCUUGUUUCCUGUACUGCGAUGGAUAGCUUUGUGGAUAGCAACAAUAUUGAUAUUGAACCUACAAAAAUUACGCACACGUUAGUUACUGAUGCGGACGAAAAUGUAAUUGUAAGCAAUAACAAUAUAUUGCUCUAUGAUAACACCACUCAAACGUGUUACUACACUCCUAUGAGUACACACAUAUUAAAAGAAUUUAAUCUAGAAGGUACUGUAGAAACUGAAAAAGUAGAUAAUGUAAUUAACAAAAACGGGGAAAAAAUCUGGACCAAAGAAAAUACUUUAUUGUUAAUUGAAACAGUACAAAAAUAUGACAAAAUAUUUUCUGAUGGCAUUAAGAAAAAUGCUUGGGAAAAAGUAGCUCAAGAAUGCCAAAAAGUAAAUAUUUCCUUAAAUAAAAAGCAAUGCGAAACAAAAUGGAAGACUUUAAAAAGGACUUAUAAAAAUAUAUUGUUGCACAACAACACCUCGGGAAAUGCCAAAAAGAAUUGGGAAUAUUUUGAUGUACUCCACAACUAUUUAUUUCAGAAACCUGAAAUAAGUCCACCUGCCACUGCAUCCAGUAUUUCAGGAGUAACAAUUAAUAAAGAAAAUGUACUUCCUUCAGUAAGUGGAACUUUGGAAAGUUCUUUCUGCAAAAAAAGGAAACAGAAAGUUUCUGAGACUGAAAAGAGACAUGCAGAAAAAUUAAAGAGAUAUGACAGGUUUAACGACUUAUUCGAAAAAAUGGUUGAAAAAAUGUAAGAGUUUUGUUUUAUAUCACAUGGAUUUUGACUUGCUGUGAUAAUUAUUAGGAAUAUAUUUUUUUUUUUUUUUGAGUUUUUAAUAGUUUUUACUUUUGUUUUUAUAGUUUUUACUUUUGUUUUUAUAGUUUUUAGUUUUGACAAUUAAGAAUAUAUUUGUUUGAGAUUUU